AUGGCUUUAGAUUCAAAACUCAAAAUUAAUGAAGAUUUCACAAAUAACCUCACGGACAUCGAUAUCUACUUUGCUCGAGGAGAACAUGGUGAUGUAGAAGCUCUAGAUGGACCAGGUGGGAUUGUGGCUCAUUCAGGUUUGCCCCCCAGGGGAUAUCUCCAUUUGGAUGCCGAUGAACAAUGGUCUUUUGAUGGAAUAAAUGGGAUUGACCUUCGAUAUGUAAUAUUACACGAAACUGGACACCUUCUUGGAUUACGACAUACCAGAGUAUCAUCAGCCAUUAUGAAUCCAUAUUACAGAGAUUUGAAGAAUGGUUUGAUCCUCUCUCCUCAUGACGUACACUCCAUCCAGAAGCUGUAUUCUGAUGUAUAUCUGACUUCGGAACAGAAAUUACUGAAGCUUUAA